AUGCUUGCCCAAGGGGUCUUGGGUGGGAGUGCUUCUGGCAUGCUCUUCGCCCCCGCCAUGACCUGCGUUAGCCACUAUUUCCAUAAUCGACGUGCAGCAGCCCUCGGUGUGACAGUCUCUGGAUCUUCCAUCGGGGGAAUCAUAUUUCCCAUUGCCCUGAGCAAUAUGCUGAGAAAUCCAUCCUUGGGAUUCGAAUGGUCUGUCCGAAUUGUGGGGUUCAUCAUCUUGUUCAUGAUAUUGAUCGCAAUGGUAACUAUUAAAGGGAGACUUCCUCCUCGUCGCGGCAAAAUCCUCUUGCCGGCAGCUUUCACUCGCGCUCCUUUCACUCUCACCACACUUGGUGUCUUCUGUAUGAUGUGGGGACUUUUCACACCAUUUUUCUAUCUUCCGCAAUAUGCCCAGUAUUAUGGCAUGGAAUCGCAGCUUUCAUCUUACCUUUUGUCGAUCCUCAAUGCUGCCUCCAUUUUUGGCAGAAUAUUGCCAGGUAUGAUUGCGGAUAAGAUUGGUCGCUUCAACAUCUUGAUCAUCAACAGUGCCUGUACAGGGAUUCUACUUUUGUGCUGGAUCGCGAUAACUUCAAAUACGUCAAUCAUUGUCUUUGCAGGGCUUUAUGGUUUCUUUUCCGGCGGAAUCGUGUCGCUAAUGUCUCCUUGCAUUGCCCAAGUGACGCCAAGUUCGGAUCAAAUUGGCACUCAUCUCGGCAUGUCAAUGGCCAUUAUUGGCCUUGCUGGUCUGACCGGAACUCCAAUAUGCGGUGCCUUGUUAGAAAGAUACGGAACGUACACACAGGCUGCAGUUUUCAGCGGCGUGGUGAUGUUGUUCGGAGUUGUCCUUGUUACCGCGGCGAGGUUUUAUCUGCAGGCAAAGCUUCUGGAAAUUGUGUAA